GAUUUGCUGCUGGCCACAGCUACUCAUGGAGAGUGCAUGGAGGCAACGAAGAAUCUGCUGGCUGAAUUAGGCAGCCUGGGAUACCGAGCCAGCGCCAAGAAGGCGCACAUCUGCCAGAGGUCAGUAGUCUACCUGGGGUAUAAGAUAUCUGAAGGGGCCAGAUGGUUGACUCAGGCUAUGAAGCAAACCAUCCUGACCAUUCCAGUGCCCGCCUCUCCCCGAGGGGUAAGGGAAUUCCUCGGCUCGGCUGGGUUUUGCAGACUCUGGAUUCCUGGGUAUGCAGAGAUAGCCCGUCCACUGUAUGAGGCCACCAAAGACGGGCCCGACUGGAAGUGGAGCCAAGAGCAACAAGAGGCAUUUGACCGAUUGAAAGAAGCACUCCUUCAGGCCCCAGCCCUGUCUCUGCCGGACCCAGAGAAACCUUUCGCCCUUUUCAUAGAUGAAAGGAAGGGAGUCGCUAAAGGGGUCUUGGCCCAGCAGCUGGGUCCAUGGAAAAGACCGGUGGCUUAUUUAUCUAAGCGACUGGACCCUGUGGCCUCAGGAUGGCCAUCCUGCCUACGCAUCCUGGCAGCCAUCGCCCUGUUGGUCAAGGAAGCCGACAAGCUGACAUUUGGACAAGACUUGAAGGUAACAGCACCACAUACGGUGGAGGGAAUCCUCCGACACCCUCCCGGGAAGUGGAUGACGAAUGCCCGACUCACCCAUUAUCAGGGGCUUUUAUUAGACUCGCCCCGAAUUACCUUCUCGGCCCCAGUAACUUUAAAUCUAGCCACACUCUUGCCAGACCCAGACCUGUCCUCCCCGGCCCAUGAUUGUAGAGAUGUCCUAUCUGAAGUCUGCCAGACUCGGAUAGAUCUGAAGGACACAAGGAUACCAAACAGUGAGCUGGAUUGGUACACUGAUGGAAGCAGCUUUGUGAAGGAUGGAGUCAGAAGAGCAGGGGCAGCGGUGGUAACACAAGAAGGAGACGUCAUCUGGAGUGCUGCCCUACCUCCAGGUACCUCCGCGCAAAAAGCCGAACUUAUUGCCCUUGCAGAGGCCCUAGAAAGGGCGGAAGGCAAGCGAGCUAACAUCUACACGGACAGUAGAUAUGCCUUUGGCACGGUGCACGUUCAUGGUGCCAUCUACCGAGAGAGAGGGUUCCGAUCUGCUGAAGGAAAAGAACUAAAGAACUUACAGGAAGUCCAGAGACUAUUGAGAGCUAUAGAAAAACCCAGGGCAGUGGCAGUCAUACACGUGCCUGGACACCAAGUCAAGAAGACUCCUGAGGCCAUUGGUAACAACCUUGCAGACACGGAAGCCAAAAGAGUGGCCCUCUCCAGUCCUGGAGAUCCAGUUGUACUAGCCGCCCUAGAGGUACCGAUACCAGAACUGCCUACUCUGCCCCCCAAACCUGAUUAUUCUCCACAGGAUCUAGAGUGGAUAAAGAAGCGAGCACCGGAGGGGAGGACUGGGGAAGGAGGUUGGAGCCGGGACCAGGAAGGCAGGUUGAUUCUACCAGAAAUAUUAGGGAAAUACAUGUUAACUAAUUUACACAGAUCUACCCACUUAGGUUGGAAGAAGUUGCUUACUCUUUUCCAAAAUGCACAGCUGGUUUUCCCACAUCAGACUAAAGCAGCAAGACUGAUCACGGGAAGUUGCAACAGCUGUGCGAAACUUAGACCAGCCCCAAAGGAGCUCCACCCAACUGGUAGCCGGGAGAGGGGGAGGGCACCGGGAAGGUAUUGGGAGAUAGACUUCACUGAGGUAAAGCCAGGUUGACGGUAUUGCUUCUUGGGUACAUCACACCCACGUUCGUAAAGCAUCACCUCACCAAGACUCAGAGCUCGACAUAAAGACGUAAAAAGCGUAGAAAGAUCCAAACAACCCUCUAAAGAUACGGCUAAAUCGAACUUGAGAGGAUUUCUACCCUGCGCUGUCUCAGGACUUGCCAAGCAUCCCUGCCACCACUGAGACUCCCUUAUGAAGCUCUCCACGCAGACUGGAUGGGUGAGGAUGUUGCUGGUAAUAUAUUAUCUAGCAACUAACUGCGGA